AUGCCUUCAUGCAGCGAAGACAUUCGAUCGGGACAAUUUUUCGGUUCACGCUCCAACAUCAGGAUAGCGAAAAACUUGGUUCGUAGCUACGGAAGUUUUGCAGGUGUUUUUUUUCGAGAGGCGUUGGAGAGAAUAAGGACUGUAGCUGACAGUGGGCGACGUCUCAAAGCAGCUACUCACUAUCAACACGCACUGUGGAUUGUACCGCUUCAUUCGACUACCUUUGGAUUGAAACCAGUUCCUGGUAUAUUCCAACAAUAUAUGGAUGCUCUUAUCGCUGGAUUAGAUGGAACUGCCGCCUAUCUCGACGACAUACUGGUUACUGGUAGAACCAUCGGCGAACACAAUGCCCGAUUAGAGGUCGUAUUCAAGCGGAUUCAAGACUACGGACUUCGCGUUCGACUCGACAAAUGUGCUUUUCUGCAGGCGGAGAUCACCUACCUUAGUGCCAACCGUCUUCAGCGAUGGGCCACGAUGCUGCUCAACUACAGCUUCACUAUCGAGUACAUCAAUACAAAGGAUUUCUGCCAAGUGGACGCUCUUUCACGCCUCCUCUCGCCAAAAUCAUCGAUACCGCAGGACUACGUGAUCGCCUCAAUAGAUGCUGAUGUCACUACUGAAUUUUCAGAGAAUUGUUAUCAUCUUUCAGUAUCCAUUGGGACUGCUUCGCAAGCCAAUCGUCUUAUUCAGCUGGUGAUCGACUAUACGAAAUCCGGAAACUGGCCCCAAGUCAACCACCAUUCUCCUCUGUGGCACUACUACAACCGCAGAAAUACCAUGACGACAGUCGAAGGAUGUCUGCUAACUGCAUCCCGCAUAGUGAUUCUAAAAUCACUUCGACAUCAUGUUCUUUCAGCACUACACAAAGCUCAUCCAGGCCAAACAAGGAUGAAAAUGCUUGCAAGAAGCUUUGUCUAUUGGCCUACGAUGGAUUUGGACAUCGAAAAACUCAAGACCUGCCCAAAAUGUGCGUCUGUGGCAAAGAAUCCGAUCAAAGCUGAACUAUCGCCGAAACCACACUCGCCGUAG